GUUUAGCUCGCAUUGCUAACGGGAGCCUGCGGCGCUUCGCUCGCGCGUUUCUCUGAUUAACUGCGCCGCUUAAUUGGGUUUCAUAACGACGUACGUUUGCUGGACGCGUAGCUGAGCGGUAUUUAUUGUCGUCAGAAUGUAUAUUAGCUUGCAUGCUACCAACCGGCUAUGCUAACGUUAGCAUAACAAACGCAAGACGGAAAAGCGACACAGAAUCACAGCACAGUUGAUAUGGAAGAGCCUCCCAGCGACUCCGAUGGUCUACAGCCACAGGAUCUGUCCUCCUCCUGCAGCCUCCCCAACAUCUUCGACCUGACGCGGAACGCCGAGGAAUGCCUUCUGAAAGCCAACCCCAUCGUCGUCCAGACGCCGGGCUGGUUCGUCAACCCUGGGACCAGCGAUGGGAUAUUGCUUCCCGAAACCGACCCUGAUCCGCUACCGCUUCCCACAGACCAGAUCCAACCGGAUAAUGCGUUUUCCAACACGACUGUCACGCUCUCCUACGUGAGCCGGUCGCACGUCUUCUCCGAGCAUUCCCCGAUCUACGGCGUUCCUUCCUUGGGCAAAGCGUUUGCACUGCAUCCCGCCACGUACGAUCCCGGAAAGCUGGUGACGGAUGCAGGAGAUGCUGCGCUUUCAGUGGACCAACACUGUCUCCAGCAGGUGUCCGUACCGGUUGGAUUGACAGCGUGUGAUCAGUUUGGUUUUAUGUCUCCGGCUCAAGUUGUGGAAAAUGUAGCGGCGUUCUGCUACCUUCAACAACCUCCGGAUUUGCAAGAUGUGGAAAACCUGGCUUUGGAAACACUCAAGUCUUUACAAGCUGAACCCGGCGAGUGCAGGUUUCCCAUUAGUGUAGACCAGCUUCAGAACGGAGCUGCGAAUGGCUUGUGGAACGUCGGACCCUUCGAAGGAGGAUUUCCGGAGGAUGGUGGCACGAAUGCAGAAGGUUUGCAUCGGAACGCCAAUCCGGAGCUUGUCUUUCUCAUCUCUAGAUCUGAGGAGCCGGUGGUUUUACCAAAUGAUGGCUUCGCCAUUUCUUUAAACCAAGACUUUGUUAGUCCGUUGGAUCCAGAGUCUCCAUCGGCAGAGCCGACAGAGGAUGUUUUCGCUUUGCCGCAAACUGCAAACUCUCCAAGUGGAGAAAAGCAAGAAGAGGAGUUUGAUUCUACAAUGGCAGGAGCAGCAGAAACAGAAUCGCCGGAAACACCAACAGGGAAAACUGACAAAACAUGCAACACUGAGUCUGUGCAUGUCAGCGAUGCAUCUGCAGAACAAACCGACACAGAUGCACUCAAAACAGCAGAACGAACCGACACGGAUGGAUCUAAAACUUGCAAUGAUUUGUCAUCUAGCGACAAGGUUGAGAGGAAAAGACUGCCUCCGAGAGCUAGACGAGGUGUAAGAAUGGAAGCCUUUGUUCAAGACUUCCAUCCCGUCAGAUCGAGUCGCGUAUGCAAAAGAAAAGUUCAGACGAGCAAGUCAAAGAAAAAAAAUGUGCUGGAAAGGAUUCGCAAAGUGGCGGAUGUAAAGAAGACGAAAGAAGAAACCGAGGUCAGACGUUCAAGCAGACGCAAAACCACACUAUCUACCUCAUCUUCUGCAAAGACUUUAGAUGCAUUUGUGCAACGCACAAAGAAAAAAACCUCUAGGAGGUUAAGAAACCUUCAUCCGGUACCAGUCAAGCAUCAGAAACCAACAACGGCUCACCAAGGUCAGAAGAAAUCUGCCAAACGUAAGAAAAAGAAACACAAAGUUGGGCGUGCGUCAUUUUUCUCACCACAGGAACCUGAAAUCAAACUCAAAUGUCUGAAAAACAAGGAGGAGAAGAAGGACGUGCGGGACGACACCUUUACGCCAUAUGUGCGCGUACAGAUUAAAGACUUCCCGGUCUGUACGGUCGUCAACUAUCCCGAGGACAGUGCCUGGAUCAAGCAGGGAAAGCGGCGGGCGUGUGGCGGGUUUGUGACUGGCGUGAUGCCGGCGACGCCUGGGUUGCAUUAUGGAAGGGUUUGCGUGGACGCCGCGCAGCGAGACGUCCUAGUCUGCUGUCUCUGCGGAGGCUCGGCCAAUGCGAUGGACCUCGGAGACUUGCAUGGGCCGUAUUAUCCUGAAGGUUUCAAAUCACCCUCUAAAGUGGUUUGUAAUCCACAGGAAGAGGAUAAUAGUGACUCGGACUCGUCUUUUAGAGGGAAACGUGUUCCUGAGUGUUUUUGGACUAGUGAUAGUGAGUCGUCCAGUGGUCCUUCUUCAUCUAAAAGACUCAGGACGGACGGCGACACCACCGAUUGGUUCAGUCCUCCCGUGGUUCCUCUUGACGCUAAUGAGCACUGGCUUCACGAGGACUGCGCGGUAUGGUCCGCAGGCGUCUUUCUGGUUCGGGGAAAGCUGUACGGGCUGGAAAAUGCGGUCAGGUUGGCCAAAGCGUCGGUUUGUUCGACGUGUCAAAGAAGGGGAGCGACAUUGGGUUGUGUUUUCAAAGGCUGCCCGAGCAAAUACCACUACAAGUGUGCGCUUCAGUCUGGUUGUGUAUUAAAUGAGGAUAAUUUCUCAAUGAAAUGCAGGAAGCACAAGAACAAGUCCAUUAAAGGAUCAUCAUAUCAUCAAAUCAACAGGUGACACAGGAGAAAGAGGACGCUAUGCAAGAGUGCGGUUGAUCUCUAACUCCAGUGUUCCUGUGAGCGCCGGCCAUGGGACCUUCAGACAGAACGGGCCAACACCCAUACACCUUAAUAAUUUUGCUGUUGCACUGCUCAAAACAUCCGUUACUAUCACACAAAUGGCACUUUGCGAGACUCACACUAAAAACAAAGUCGUUUUGCGAGGUUAGUUGUGACUGUGGGGAAAGUCAGAGUGAAUUGCACAUUUAAGGCGCUCGAGGAGAAGACGAAUCCACCAAUCCUGAACCACAGCACAAACAUGUGCUUGUCUUUUUUGCCUGUUUGAUUUUACAAAAUAAGUGCGUCAUAUUUAUAUGUUGGCACUGAGUAAUUUGUUUAUUUGUAAAUUCUUAUCUUUUUUCAUUGUCUUAAUUUAUGAAGAAAAUUAAUCUUAUCAGCUGAAUUUUAAAUAUACUGCUUGUCGAUUAUAAUUCACUUGGCAUCUAGUCAUGAAAAAUGUUUAGCUCUUUGUCAAAGAAGGAAACCAACAGCUAGCAAGCAAUUCUGAUGGGCACUUUGUGUACAAAAUGGGAACGCAUGAUUUCUUUUUGUUUAAUAUAAGUAUAUUGGCUUUAUAAUUCAAGCCCAAAGUUAUUGUGUUUCUUAAUCUUUUUCUUGAAUGAUAAUCUGUUUCUUCCCAUAUAUCAGCACAUUUACACACUUGCGUCAUGAAGUGCGGAAGACGCUCUGAGAACUUGUGAACAUGAAGUAUCUAAUGUUCAUUUUCAGUUACAUUAAUUGUAUAAUUCACAUGCAAACAUUUCUUGUAAAUGCUGAAUUUUAGUGAUCCAGUUCAUCAGAUAUCUAAAUAUAACUUCCUUUGAACCACAGCCAGUGGAUUUUCUCGUUAGUCCUAUGCACUUACAUGCGUCUCCUCUACAUAAUCUAUAUUUUGUAGCCAGUUAACUAGUGUAAAUGAUAAGCCUGCAUUAGUAAUGACAUAUCACCUUGAUGCCACCAGAAAUUACCUGUAGGAAAGUUUUAAAACAAGUAAUCUUUUGGGUUCAAAAAGCAUCUUGUGGAUUUGUAACUUCAGGUGCACUUAACGAAGGAUUUCCUUUCAACUGAAAUGUUUUGAUGCAAUUUGUUAAUCCGUAAUUCUUUUUUAAAAGUCCGUUUAUUCAUUUGUCGCUGCCUUGCUAAGACAAAUCACUAUCAGUUUAUUUAUGACUUUUAUCCAGGAAGCACGUUUUGUUUGAAAGAGAUCAGGAUUUUGAGACUUGUUCUGUAAAUGUACAGUGCAUUAAACAACACAUCAUGUGUACAGAAUAUUUAUGUCUAUAUUUUUGUCCAAAGUUUAAGAUGAAUCUGGAAUCUGUGCCAAAUGCAGUCUGAUGUACUUUGGCAGCUUGUGCAUCAAGAGGUUGAUUCAUGUGGUGUUGCUCAUGUCUGUGUUAAUGUACUAGUGUUGUGUGCCAUACCUUUUGUUCAGGACUGUAUCUGUAUAAAUCUUGUGUAAAUGUCUUUUUUUUUUUUUUUGUCUAACUUGUUAGCAUCAUACCUAAUGUACCAAAAAUGUUUUUGUUUGCAUUGUUUUGCUCAAAUGUUACAUCUUUUCUGAUCUUAAUCUCAGGGUUGAGCAGGGUUUUUCUGUGUUGUUGUCGUCAUUCUUACCCCAAAAUGUAUUUAUCCUGAACUGACUAAACCCAGUUGGUCAGCGUAAUAAACUGGCUUCUUUUAUUUUGCCUAA